AUGGCAAUAAACAACCCAGACUCAAAAGAUCUCGGCAAAGAUGAUGUCGAAAACUCGGCAGCCCAUGUUGGCCGGGGUCCGACCCAGUCUGACCUGCUGCGUCGCUCGCUCUCGGCGCGCCAGGUCCAGAUGAUUGCCAUCGGAGGCACGAUCGGUACUGGUUUGUUCCUGGGCACGGGAAAGUCCCUGGCCACUGGCGGACCGGCCUCUAUUCUCAUCGCGUAUGCCAUUGUGGGCUGCAUCGUGUUUACCACCAUGUUGAGUUUGGGAGAGAUGGCUGCUUUUAUCCCCGUCGCUGGUAGUUUCUGUACUUUUGCUGGACGCUUUGUUGAUGAUGCUUUUGGCUUUGCUCUCACAUGGAACUACUGGUUCAACGAUGCCGUAUCCACAGCCUCUGACCUGGUCGCUCUGCAACUCAUUCUGCAGUACUGGACCGACAACUUUCCGGGAUGGGCUCUCAGUUUGAUCUUUUGGGUUGUGUUGAUUGGCGUCAAUAUUAUUUCUGUGCGAGCAUAUGGCGAGCUUGAGUAUUGGCUUAGUUUACUCAAAGUCAUCACCAUUGUUGUCUUCAUUGUCAUGGGCAUUGUUGUCAAUUGUGGUGGAAAUGUUGACGGAAGAUACAUCGGAGGUGAAAACUGGCACCUCCCAGGUGCCCCCUUCGUGGGCGGGAUCGGUGGCUUUGCCUCUGUCUUUGUCACCGCCUCAUUUGCCUACGGAGGAACCGAGAGUAUCGCCAUCACGGCUGGUGAAACCAAGGAUCCUACUAGGAACCUUCCCAAGGUGGUCAAGAAUGUCUUCUGGCGUAUUAUCCUUUUCUACCUCCUCUCAGUUCUCCUGAUCGGCCUCAACGUCCCAUACACCUACCCCGACCUCGACUCCAAGGAAACCCGCACCUCACCCUUUACCAUCGUCUUCGAGAUGACCGGCGCCCGCGCUGCAGGAAGUGUUAUCAACGCCGUCAUUCUAACAAGUGUCCUCUCCGCUGGAAACCACGCACUCUUCGCUGGCGUGAGACUGAUGUACACCCUGGCUUUGGAAGGCCAUGCACCCAGGGUGCUGGGAAGAUUGAACCGAAACCAAGUUCCCUGGAUAGCUGUCCUUGUAACUGGAGCCGUUGCUGGCCUCUGCUUUGGCUCGAGCUUUAUCGGCGCUGGCCAACUCUGGUCUUGGCUACAGAACAUCGUCGGCGUGUCCAACCAGCUGAGUUGGAUCUCCAUCGGCAUCACAUCCAUCCGCUUCCGCUCCGCCCUCAAAGUCCAAGGCAAAACCCACCUCCUCCCCUUCCGCAACUGGACCUACCCCUACGGCCCAUGGUUUUGCGUUAUUCUCAACAGCUUCCUAGUCCUGGUGCAAGGCUGGAGCUGCUUCAGCCCCAAGUUUGACGGUGUCAGCUUUGUCAGCUUCUACAUUGAACUUCCCAUCAUGCUGAUCAUGUACCUGGUGUGGAAGUUUGUUAAAAAGACAAAGACUGUUAAGCUGGAGGAGAUGGAUCUUGAGACGGAUACUUAUACUAUUGAGGAGAAGGUUGAGGAGGAGACAGGGUGGAAGGCCAAGGUUAAGAAUGUGAUUACUUGGUUGUUCUAG